AUGACCAAACAAACAACCAUCAUCAGUGACUCCAACAACAACACUGCUCCUCCUCCUCCUCCUCCUCCUCCUCAUGUUGUUCUAGUUCCAUUAAUGGCACAAGGACACAUAAUCCCCAUGCUUGACAUGGCACGGUUACUGGCCGAGCGUGGCACCCGCGUCACCUUCAUCACAACCCCAGUGAACACGUCGCGCAUAAAACCCAUCAUAGUCCGAGUGCACGAGUCCAACCUCCCUAUAGACUUCAUCGAGGCUCCCUUUCCCCUGCACCGAAGCUGGCCUACCCCCCGGCUCUCACUCCAACUUCUCGCCCUCCCUCUCGAGCAACGCCUCAAAAAUCUCGUCCCCCGCCCCACCUGCAUGAUCAACGACAUGUUCAACCCGUGGACGGCUAACGUCGCACGUUCACUCAACAUUCGUCGCCUCGUCUUUCAUGGCCCUUCUUGCAUUCACAUCUAUUGUAGUCAUGUUUUUCAUCUGCAUAAGAUUUAUGAGACCGUUACUGAUGAGUUUGAAGAAAUUGCUGUGCCUGGUUUGACUGAUUAUGAUGAUGUUGUUGAGGAGACGGCUGAUGGGGUGGUCAUCAACACUUUCGAUGAUGUCGAGCCUAUGUUUGUGGAGGCUUAUAAGAAGGUGGUUGGAAAGGAUGUUUGGACUGUUGGGCCAUUGUGUUUAUAUGAUAAGGAUGAUGAUUUUAGUGCUAGGAUUGUGAGAGGGAACAAGGCUGCAGUGGAUCAAGAGAAGUUGUUAUGUUGGCUUGAUUCUAUGGAAGAAAAUUCUGUGCUUUAUAUCAGUUUUGGGAGUUUGAUUCGGAUGAAUGUCGGGCAGAUAUUGGAGAUUGGGUCAGGACUUGAGGCUUCUGAAGUUCCUUUCAUCUGGGUUAUUAAGGAUGCAGAGAAGUGUCCGAAGGUUGAGGAGUGGUUGGAAGGUCAUUGUGGAUGGAACUCAACGUUGGAGGCAGCGUCAAAUGGUGUGCCAAUGAUCACUUGGCCGCAGUUUGGAGACCAGUUCUUGAAUGAGAGGUUGGUUGUGGAGUUCCUGAGGAUUGGGAUUGCUAUUGGAGUGAAGAAACCAGUGUUUAAUUAUGGUGAGGAUGAGAUUCCGGUAAGGAGGGAUGAUGUGGAGAGGGCUGUGAGGAGUUUGAUGAAUGAUGGAGAGGUGGCUGAGGAGAGGAGGAUAAGGGCUAGAGAGAUUAAGGAGAAGGCCAUUAAGGCUAUGGAAGGAGGAGGUUCUUCUUAUGAGAAUAUAACCAAGCUCGUUGAGUACAUGAAACAGGAACCUCGCAAGGUUGUACAAAGAACUAAAGCUUAA